UGGUGAAAGUGCUGUUUAAUAUAUCGACGCGAAGACUCUUGUCGCCAUUAACGCCUCUUACAUUCUCCAGAAUUUAAGUGGCGUCUGCCAGUCUGUGAUGGAUAUGGAUAACAGCAUGAAGCAGGUGCUGGAAGGCCAGCUGUCCAAAUACACCAAUGUGAUGAAAGGCUGGCAGUAUAGAUGGUUUGUCUUAAACCCUGAGAGUGGAACUCUGAGCUACUUUAUGGUGGACGAGCAGCGAUCGAGCCGGGCGCGUGGCUCGAUCCACCUGGCCGGCGCCGUGGUUUGCCCCAGCGACGAGGACUCGCACACAUUCUCGGUCAACUCGGCGGCCGGCGAGCUGUACCGCCUGCGCGCCUCCGACGCCCGCCAGCGCCAGCAGUGGGUCGACCGACUCCGGCUCGUCAUCGAGAUGUUCAACCGCGUUCAGGCCGAGAGCGGGUCGUCGCCGCCGCACGGCGAGCCACUCUCGCUGUCGGUGUCGCCGCGCCAGUACGAGGCGCCGCUGUCGGUGCUGAGCUCGCUGCACGACGCCAGCGCCGCCCUCCAGCAGAUGGCCGCCCGACACGGACACCUGUGCACCGCCGUCCGACAGCUGCCCUCGCACGCCUCUGAGGACGUGACGGUGACCAGCACCGACUCGGACCUGCUGUUGCUGAUGGCCACCUCGCAGGCGACGCUGCUCUGUCUGGAGCAGUGCUACUCAAUCCUGCAGCAGCAGCGCUCGGCGGCGGCGCUGCCCAUCGGCGCGCCGCUGCCGGCCGGCGACAGGAGCAGCCUCAGGCUCGGCGCCACCCGCGCCCGGCCCGAGAAGGACUUCCUCGCGGACGUGGCCGACUGGUUCGACACCAACUUCGGCACGGCCAAGACACAGCGGAAGGUUUCGCACGCCAGCCCGCCGCGGCCGGCCACGCUGAAGCUGGGCGCCGACCUGACUCAGGUGCGCCUGCCGGCCGCCCUGCUCGACCCGCGCUCCCUGCUGGAGCUGUACUCUGAGCUCUGGUCCCGGCCCGACUCGUUCGUCCGGAUCGCGCAGGCCGACUCAGCUGCCGAACGCAUGUGCCGCGUGCUGGAGUGGUACGUGACGUCACUGUGCGCCGGCUGCCCGCGCGCCAGCAAGCCCUACAACCCGGUGCUGGGCGAGGUGUUCACCUGCUCGUGGCCGCUGGACGGCGGCCGGACGCGGCUUCGGUUCCUAGCCGAGCAGGUGUCGCAUCACCCGCCAGUGUCGGCCAUCUGCGUGAGCUGCGCCGAGCCGGAGCUCAGCCUGCAGGCGACGGUCGGCUGCCGGGCCCAGUACGUCAACUCGGCCACGGUGACGCUGACCGGCGAGGCGGCGCUUCACCUGGUCCACCGCGCCGAGACCUACACCUUCAACUAUCCAGCGGUCGCUCUUAGGUCGCUGCUGAACGAGCGCUGGGUGGAGCUGGGGGGCCAGGUGAAGAUCGCGUGCCAACAGACCGGCUACUCUGCCUCGGUGACAUUCCACACCAAGCCGCUGUCUGACGAGGGCGAGCGGCACCGCGUGACGGCCGAGGUCCGGUCCCAGGACGGCAGGCUGGUCUCCAGACUCCAGGGCAACUGGCGGGGCCAGGUCCAGCUGACCGGGCCGCAGGGCGAGAGCCGGACGGCGGACUGUGACGCCUACAGCUGA